GUUUGGUGAGUGUGUAUCAUUGCUGUCAGGUGAAGAGCGAGGCGGAGCUGUCGGGGUAUUUGAGCAGUUAACUCUUUGAGUCCGUCAGAUGUGACUUUUGGAUUUUCAUCCUGGGGUUUUGAAGAGCAUCAGAAAAUUCAUGAGCGCCCGGGGAACUGUCACCUUUCCUUCGCGCAUCGAUCCAGACACGGAUGCGGAUACGUUAUACAAAGCGUGCAAAGGAUUAAACACCGAUGAGGAUGCAAUCAACGAACUCCUCUCUCAUCGUUCGCUAAUGCAACGACAUGAAAUCCGUGAAGCUUUCUACCGCCGAUAUCAAAAAGAUUUGGUUGACGUGCUCAAGUCGAACUCGAAGGGUGAUUACGAUAGUCUACUGCAAACCUUAUUCCGUGGUCAUGCGAAGAUUCUUGCUUAUGAUCUAUACAAAGGGAUGAAAGGCAGCGGAACGAACACAACUGCACUCAAUGGAAUUAUAUGCUGUUGUAACAAUGCAGAAAUACUAAUGCUGAAGAAGGCUUACAAUGAAGUUUUACAAGAACAGGACCCUAAAAAGGCAAUGCAACGCUCGCUCGAGUCUGAUGUGGCAAAGGAAACGAAACCCCCUUACGAAACGCUACUCAUGCAGCUGUUGGCGGGCAAACGACGUGAGGACCCGGUCGAUCGCAUCGAACAGGCCCAGCGAACUGGCAACAUGUCCCUACUUGUCAACCAAACACAAGUGGAACAGGACGUUCAAUCUCUCUAUGCUGCUGCGGCAGGGAGUUUGGAAAAGAAAGGUGACCCAGACGUAUUCAUUCGCAUCCUGUGCGACCGCAGCAAAUACCAUGUGAAGGCAAUAUGGGAAUUGUACAAGCAGAGAUAUCGAACAACGUUGGUUGAAGCCAUAUCAAAGAAAUUUUCGGAUCCGUUACGAACUGGACUGAAUACAGUUGUGAUGGCUCAAGUGAAUCUGCGCCUACUGAUUGUGUGCCAAUUGUACGAGGCCAUGUACGGUAUGGGAACCGAUGAAGAUACACUUAUCCGCCUAAUUUGUCUUCGAUGUGAGAAUGAUAUGUCAGCCAUCAAGCAGAUGUACCACGAAUAUUUCGGAAAAUCUUUGGGGGACGCCAUAAAGUCGGAUACAUCUGGCGAUUUCCGCAAGCUUUUGAUGAAACUGAUCGGUGAAGCCUAACUAACCAUUUGCAAUGAAUCUUCUGAGAGACGAGUCCAAAAAUAAUUGACUAUUUCGAACUUUGCAGAUUUUAGCCCGUCGUGUCAACUUCAUACCUGACAUGCACUUUCGAGUUUCGUAAUUAUCUCCCAAUCAAUGUGUCGAGGCUGCAAUCCAUUCCAAUUUUAAACUUAUUUUGAUGCAAUAAAAAGACGUUUAGCAUUCGUUUUCACAUAAUAUAUCCAUACUGCUGCA